AUGGUCUCCAUGGAAGUCAUUGCUUCGUCACCUCUUCAUCUGGCUCUGCUCCAUGUUGUAUUCUACAGUAACCUCCAGACCCUGGUGGAGUAUGGAGCAAAUGUCACUAUGCAGAACCACGCUGGGGAAAAGCCCUCCCAGAGUGCUGAACGGCAUGGGCAUACCCUGUGCUCGAGGUACCUAGUGGUAGUGGAAACCUGCAUGUCACUGGCCUCACAAGUGGUAAAGUUGACCAAGCAGCUAAAAGAGCAAACAGUAGAGCAUGUCACAUUGCAGAACCAACUCCAGCAACUUCUAGAAGCCCAAAAAUCAGAGGGCAAAUCACUUCCUUCCUCACCCAGUUCACCCUCAUCACCAGCUUCUAGAAAGUCCCAGUGGAAAAUUCUAGAUGCAGAUGAUGAGGCUACAGGCAAGAGCAAACCCGGAGCCCAGGAGGGAAUACAAGUUCUUGGAAGCUUGUCAGCAUCCAGCAGGGCUAGAACCAAAGGAAAAGAUGAAGACUCUGAUAAAAUCCUACGUCAGUUAUUGGGGAAAGAAAUCUCAGAGAAUGUCUGCAACCAGGAAAAGCUGUCAUUGGAAUUCCAGGAUGCUCAGGCAUCCUCUAGGAAUUCGAAAAAGAUACCUCUAGAGAAGAGGGAGCUGAAGCUAGCCAGGCUGAGGCAGCUGAUGCAGCGAUCAUUGAGCGAGUCUGAUACAGACUCAAACAAUUCUGAAGACCCCAAAAAUACUCCUGUGAGAAGAGCAGACAGACCCAGGCCACAGCCCAUUGUGGAGAGUGUGGAGAAUAUGGACAGCACGGAAAGCUUACACCUGAUGAUAAAGAAACACUCCCUGGCAUCAGGACGCAGGUUUCCUUUCAGUACGAAGGCCUCCAAAUCCUUGGAUGGGCACAGCCCAUCUCCUACUUCAGAGAGCAGUGAACCAGACUUGGACUCCCAUUGUCCAGGUUUGGGGAUGACUUCUCCAACUCAGCCUUCUGCAGACCCCAGUCAGUCCAGUCCUGACAGCUCCACUGCCCAGAAAGUUGCCACAAGCCCCAAGAGUGCCCUCAAGUCUCCAUCAUCCAAGCGCCGGACAUCCCAAAACUCAAAACUCAGAGUUACCUUUGAGGAGCCUGUUGUGCAAGUGGAGCAAACUAGCCUUGAACUAAAUGGAGAAAAAGACAAAGAUAGAGUCAGGGCCCCCCAGAGGACUAGUGAAUCAGGGGAACAAAUGAAAAGGCCUUUUGGAACCUUCCGAUCCAUCAUGGAAACUUUAAGUGGUAAUCAAAACAACAAUAAUAACUACCAGCCAGCCAACCAGCUGAAGACCUGCACACUGCCCUUAACAUCACUUGGAAGGAAGACAGCAGAUACCAAGGGAAACCCUGUGAGCCCUGGUAGCAAAGGGAAGAAUAAGGCAAUAAUUCUUCAUUGCACUUCUCGCUGUAUCUAUCUUCCCUCUAAUGUGCUGGUUGAGGAGCAUCUGCGUGACUAUGCACGGCGUAAUGACAUCAAUCGAAACACGAAGAAAACCUACAGCAGAAAGCACAUUGCUGAGCCAGAAUCAAAGGAACUCUUCUUAUAGAUAUCUCUUUUUAUUAGUCCUAUGCAUGCCCUCUGGACACCAUUGGGAGUUCCUGGAGAUGAUCCACUGUGGCAAUAAGACCACAAAAACAGCACCUCACCAGCAGAGCAGGAUAUCUGGAUGCCUUAAAUUUAUAACCUAAGACUUGUUAUAAGAUACACUUCGGACCCUAUCAAUAUAUAGAACUUGUUUGUUUUUUAAGAUGUUACUUGAAAAACAUGAUUUGGCAAUGUAUGCAUUGAAGCAUUUGAUGUUUGGUUGACUCAACCUUCUCAAAGCACAUCCACCAGGCUCUGACACCUUUGGUGUUUUGUCAAUUGCAUGAGGAUUUGCUAGUGUUGAUUGAUAUUUCUUGAUAUUUCCUUCCUCUGUAACAAGGGCAGCUUUGGCUCAGCUCAGUGAGGCUAGGUCCCUGGUAUUAUUUUAUGUCAAGAAUGUUUUUCUGUCAUUUCUACUUUUUUAAUAAAGAAACUUAAAUAUUGUUAAUAGUCACGUCUGAGCACAGGGCCUCAACUUCCUACUAAAUCUGUGAUGUCCUGAUUUUUAAAAGGUUCUGGAAGUAUUUUAAUUGCUGACACUUAAUAUCAAGAACAA